AGAAGUAGAAUAAAGAAAGAAAUUUAAAAGUGGGAACGAGGAGGACACCACGAUUCGUAGCAGUUGCUUCCAGAAUCAAAAUCACACCGUAUUCUUGUAUUUCUAUGGUGGUGGGUGCAAACCCUAAUGCAAUCCUCACCCUCCCGUGGUGGGAUAAGACCCAGACUUCAAUAACCCUAAUUUCCCUAACCCAAAGCACUUACCAUUAUUCUUUCCCAAACUUCCAUGGCCUCGGAAAAGCUCUUACUCUCCCGAGAAAACCCUAGAACCCUCGCUUUCCCACACGACCGCUUAAUCGCCGCCUCCAGCGCAGCCACGGGUACGAAGGCCAUGCCCAGCAAUGAGUUAGCUCAAAAGCCUCAACCUCCGACUCCGAUAGUCGACCGCUUCAGGGCUCUGUUGAAGCAACGAGACGAUGACCUAAGGGUUUCGCCCGAGGACGACGUGUCGCCGCCCAGCACCGAGGAAAUUGUGCAGCUUUACGAAAUGGUCUUGGCGGAGCUCAUCUUCAAUUCCAAACCCAUCAUUACCGAUCUCACCAUCAUCGCCGGCGAGCAGAGAGACCAUGGAAAGGGCAUCGCCGACGCCAUCUGCGCCCGGAUUCUCGAGGUCCCAGUUGAGCACAAACUGCCUUCGCUAUAUCUAUUAGAUAGUAUUGUGAAGAAUAUUGGCCGGGAUUAUGCCAAGUACUUCUCUUCCCGCCUACCUGAGGUAUUUUGCGAGGCAUACAGGCAAGUAAACCCUAACCAGUAUCCUGCCAUGCGCCAUCUCUUUGGCACUUGGUCAGCAGUCUUUCCACCUUCAGUCCUUCGCAGGAUUGAAGAGCAACUGCAGUUUUCUCCACUAGUAAACCAACAAUCAUCAGGAUCAACUCCUCUGAGGGCUUCUGAAUCUCCUCGACCGACUCAUGGCAUCCAUGUCAAUCCAAAGUAUUUACGUCAAUUGGAUAGCUCAAAUGUAGACAGUGUUGGAUCCCAAAGAUUGAACUCAACUGGAAGUGUGAGUCAUUCACCUUUUUCCCUGGGAUCCAAUCGGUUGCACCCAUCUUCAACUACUAGGCUUGCAAGAUCAUCAUCACCUUCAGAUAUUGGGCUUGAUAGAUCUCUACCAUCGGCAGUUGAUGAAUUUGCCGCAGAGAAUUCCCCUAAAAGGUUUGGUGAAAGGGCAUCUCCAUCUAAUUCUGUGUUUGAUUAUAGACUUGGUGGAGCAAUUGGUAGAGACGAGGAGCCGAAUGAAUUGCGAGGAAAACGCUAUCUUGAUGGUAGUCAGAAACGAUUUGACACUUCUGUUACAUAUAAUAACCUCAGUAAUGGAUUAGAACAUCAGAGACCAAGAGCUUUGAUUGAUGCAUACGGGAAAGACAGUGGAGAUAGAAGUUUAAAUGAUAAACCUCUGGUUGGGCGGCUGGGCCUGAAUGGUCUAGACCAUAAGGCAACUCAAAUGUCGUGGCAGAAUACCGAAGAGGAAGAGUUUGAUUGGGAAGAUAUGAGCCCAACUUUAGCAGACCAGAGUAGGAGUAAUGAUUACUUGCCUUCAACUGCACCACCUUCUAGAAGCUACAGGGCAAGGCCCAGCCUUGGAACACUGAAUGCGAGCCCCUUGGAGUCAGAUAGUAGGAGUACUUGGUCUACUCAGGCACAUCUACCUUCAGCCGAACAGUCCUCUGUUAUAACUGAAGAUCCAGUCCCCCCGCUUGGUUUCAGUCGUGGAUCAACAAGUACGGUAUCUCGAUUCCAAUCUGAGACAAAUCAUAGUCUGGGUUCUCGCUACCCUCAAGAAGCUUGGAAUAUUCCUUUCCAUCUCUCUCAGUCUUCGCAGAAUCCCCUUAAUGCCAGAGGAAGGGGUAGGAAUUUCCAGAUGCCCUUUGUGGCAAGUGGUGUAUCUUCAGGUGGUGAGAAAAUGUCUGCCUUUGUUGACAAGCUUCCAGAUGUUGAUGCACGACUUCAUGGGCCCAUAGCUGUUGCAUCAAGAAUGGGUGCUUCUAGUGUUGACACUGUUAAUGCUGACUCUCGACCCAUUAUACCAGUGUCAAUGGGUUCAAGGCCUCCAGUAAACGUACAUAAUUCUCACCCUCCUCCUGGCCACUCAAUUUUUGCAUUGCAGAACCAGAGGAGUCAGUAUGGUUCAAUAAAUUAUAGCAACACUGUAAAAAAUCAAGCUCCAUAUAAUUCUUUAUAUGUGCCUGAGCAGCAGUUGGAUGGUUAUGAAAAUAAGUUGUUGCGGUCGACAAAGUUAACUCAAUUGACCAGUCAGAAUGCCAGGCCGAUGCCUGUUAAUCAGCGAAACCAGGUGCAGGCCAGUCCUUUACAGCCACAAUUUCUUCCACCCCAGGAGGCACGAGAGAAUUUUAUUUCAUCUGCAGAAACUCCCGGGCCACCUUAUUUGGGGUUACCAUCCUUAAAUCACAGAUACACUUUGCAAGGGCAUGGUGGUGCUGUUAGCACAGUUAUGGCAAAUCCUGUACCCCGUAUCCCCUAUGUCCCAAACAGCGCUUUGCAUUUACGAGGAGAAGCCUUGCCACCUCUACCCCCAGGUCCGCCUCCCCCUUCCUCACAAGGCAUACUUUCCAUUCGAAACCCUGGUCCAGUUGUCUCUAGCAACCAGCCCGGGAGUGCAUAUUCUGGUUUGUUUAGUUCUCUUAUGGCUCAAGGUUUGAUCUCAUUGACAAAUCAAAGCACUGUCCAGGAUUCUGUAGGAAUUGAGUUUAAUGCCGACCUUCUCAAGGUGCGUCAUGAAUCUGUAAUAAAGGCCCUAUACAGUGAUCUCCCAAGACAAUGCACAACCUGUGGCCUUAGGUUCAAGUGCCAAGAAGAGCACAGUAGUCAUAUGGAUUGGCAUGUAACAAAGAACCGUAUGUCUAAAAACCGUAAGCAGAAGCCCUCCCGCAAAUGGUUUGUAAAUACGAGCAUGUGGCUCAGUGGUGCAGAGGCCUUGGGUACUGAUGCAGCUCCUGGAUUUAUGCCUGCUGAGACCAUUGUGGAAAAGAAGAGUGAUGAAGAAAUGGCUGUUCCUGCUGAUGAGGAUCAAAAUUCAUGUGCGUUAUGUGGAGAACCUUUUGAUGAUUUUUAUAGUGACGAGACAGAGGAAUGGAUGUAUAAAGGUGCUGUGUACUUGAAUGCACCUGAUGGAUCAACAGGAGGCAUGGAUAGGUCGCAGUUAGGUCCUAUAGUGCAUGCUAAAUGCAGAUCGGAGUCAAGUGUGGUAUCCUCUGGAGGUUUGGGACAAGAUGAAGUGGGAAUUAUUGAAGAAGGUAGUCAAAGAAAACGAUUGCGGAGUUAGCAUAGUUAGGUCGUCUUCCAUGUUCACUGUAGCCUUAUAUGAGUUUCUUCUUUUUCUCUCAACUUGUUUACAUUAUUGUUGGGGCAUGCACCACAUUGGCUUCAAGCCAGCUUGUACAUGUAUAGUGGAAUUUGUACCAUGCACAUUAUCUCUGCAGCAAAGGUCACAAUUUCUCAUGCCAUAUUGUUAUCUGGCAUUUCAUCUUUGCUGUCAAAACAACCCAGAUGAGGCUCUUAAAAACAAAAUUUAUUGUCUUUAUUAGACUUUUAGACUAUCUUCUACUAAAUAUGAUGAGGGGUUGGUGAUGUUUUUCCUUUGUAGGAGAGAACUGUUGGAUGAAUUCUGUUAAAUGAGGGACUUUUCUGCAAUCCAUAUUUUGUCUUGCUUAUACAUUCUGCAGGGGAGUUCGCAGUGGUAGUUCUUGUAAGCAAAGUCAUUCAAAGGCUCCAUAGCUUGCUCUUAUCAAGACAUCGCCAUCAUGCAUGGAAUUGAAAGCUAAAGCUGAAUCAAAUUUGAAGGAUGCUGAUGUGAUUUGUCAAAUUCCUUUUCGUUUCUUUUAUUAUUUUAUUUCCAUUUGAUUUUUAGUGUCUUUACAGUGUAAUAACUAUUAUAGAUAGCAGAGUUGUGAUGAA